CACUUAUCUUGCUUGUUUUCGAGCUCAACACCCCGAUCAGUUGUUGUUUUCCAACUUCUUAGUUCGAGUGAUAAAUUGCACCACUUGAGGGCGUCAAUAAUCGAAUUAGAACUCGACGCCGUAAAGGUGGUCGUCAUGUCCCCUCUUCGACUGAGAGUGGAUGGGGCAACCUUCCGGGAUCCUCAGAACCGUGAGGUUACUCUGAGGGGCAUAAAUGUGGCAGGAGAUGCCAAAUUUCCAGCUCAACCUGAUAUUCCUUCGUAUAUCUCUGAUAAAUUUUUCGAUGGCGACAAUGUCUCCUUUGUCGAUCGGCCGUUUCCCGUCCAAGACGCUCAUGUCCACUUCUCCCGACUGAAACGUUGGGGCUACAACACAAUUAGAUACGUAUUUACUUGGGAGGCUAUAGAGCACGCUGGACCUGGUAAAUAUGAUGAAGAGUGGAUUGAGCACACCAUUUCUUUGUUACGACUGGCAAAAAGCUACGACUUCUAUGUGUUCAUGGAUCCCCAUCAGGAUGUGUGGUCGAGAUUCACGGGUGGCUCUGGUGCACCGAUGUGGACGAUCUAUGCAAUGGGACUCAAUCCAGAGGGAUUUGCUGCCACUGAAGCAGCAUUAGUCCAUAACACUUAUCCCAACCCUGAAGAAUACCCGAAGAUGAUAUGGGCGACAAAUUACACAAGGAUGGCGUGUCAGUUAAUAUUCACACUCUUCUUUGCAGGAAAGGUUUUUGCUCCCAAGGCUAUCAUUGAUGGCGUGAACAUACAAGAUUACCUCCAAAAUCAUUUCUUGGGUGCAUGCGAGUAUUUGGCUCGACGGAUUCACGAGGCAGGAGAUCUUGAAAACGAAGUUGUCAUCGGGUGGGAAAGUUUAAAUGAACCGAACCGGGGUCUGGUAGGCUAUGAGGAUAUUUCAGUCAUUCCGGGAUCGCAGAGGCUACAAAAAGGGACGUCACCAACGGCAUGGCAGGCCAUAUUACUAGGAUCUGGCAGACCCUGUGAGAUCGAUACAUGGGACUUUGGGAAUCUUGGUCCAUACAGGUCCGGAAGAGCCCUGGUCGACCCAAAAGGCGAGGCUGCGUGGCUUCCAGCAGACUAUGAUGAUUCAAAAUAUGGCUGGCAUCGAAGUCCGGAAUGGAAGCUAGGAGAAUGUCUAUGGGCUCAACACGGAGUGUGGGACCCGUCUAAUGACGUUCUUCUCCGUAAGGAUUAUUUCCUAUAUCACCCUAAAACCGGCGAGAAACUUGAUUAUGAAGUGUUUACCAACACGUAUUGGCUGGAUUAUUAUCGAAAACAUAGUAAGAUGGUGAAACGUUGGCAACCUGACGCCAUUAUGUUCUGUCAACCUCCUGUACUAGAGAUCCCUCCCUCUAUCAAGGGAACGGAAGACGACGACCCGAACAUUGUUUACGCGCCACAUUUUUAUGAUGGAAUUACACUGAUCAUGAAGAAAUGGAACCGCUUUUGGAAUGUGGAUGUCUUUGGAGUUCUACGCGGUCGCUAUUUAACACCGGCCUUUGCUAUCAAGAUCGGAGAAACCAAUAUUCGAAACUGCUUGCGUGACCAAUUGGCAGCGAUGCGGAAAGAAGGUCUCGAUUACAUGGGGAAUCAUCCCUGCAUUUUUACAGAAAUCGGGAUUCCCUAUGAUAUGGAUGAUCGGUAUGCCUACAAAACGGGUGAUUACAGCAGUCAAAUUGCGGCUAUGGAUGCGAAUCACUUUGCGCUUGAAGGGAGCAAGGUCAACGGUUUCGCUCUAUGGGUAUACGUGCCUGGUAAUAACCACAAGUGGGGCGAUAAUUGGAACGGGGAGGAUCUUUCCAUAUUCUCGGUGGAUGAUCGUCUAUUGCCUUCAAACUCCCCUGUCGCAGGAGACAAUACCUCAAAGAGUUCCGUAGAUCUUGCUUCUCCGACAUUUUCGCGCAGCCAAUCCACAGAUGCAUCGACUGUGUUACCUGCCAAUGUCAAGGCGACCUUGUCCAAACCGUCGCUUAAAUCUGAGCCUUCGGCAGUCACCAAUGGAGAGCAGCCUCGCGCACCAGGCUAUCGAGCAGCUGAAGCUGUCGUUCGGCCGAGCCCGGUUUUUACGGUCGGCGACGUUAGGGGAUACAGCUUUGACCUUCGCAACUGCAUUUUCCAAGUUGCUGUAAGUUCAACCGCACCGACUAAACAAGAUGCGCCCACAGUGAUGUUUCUACCUGAGUUCCAUUUCCCUCGCAACGACACUCAGGUGGAAGUGAGUGGCGGCAAAUGGUCCAUUACCUUGGAAGAGACGCAUGGCACGGAGCUGCAGUACCUGAGUUGGUGGCACGGAGAGGGUGAGCAGACGAUUACUGUGAAAGGCGCAAAAAUGAGACAGGGCCUGUUCCUUGGACGAGACGAUGAAGAUGACGGUUAUCUGAACCAGUGUCAACAGAGUUCUUGUUCGAUCAUGUGAUGGUUACAUUUAGUGAUGUCUGAGAUCUAUUCGCAAUUUUUUUGUGCAUCUGGUUGGGAGGAGUUUAAUUUAAGUUACCUACAUUGUACCUGGUUUGCGCUGCAUAUUCAUGUAUUCUGGAGGUUUACCAGCAAUUCUCUGAAUUUUUUUUUUAAAUUUGUUUACAGUGACAGCUUAUACUAAGCUAGAUAUAUGAGGACUAAUGCCAUUACAAAUGAUCAAGGGAUG